UUCUGUUUGCCACCAGGCCCCUGCUGCCAUUGGCCAGGGCCUCCCACGUGACGAGGAAUUGGCUGCAAUUUCGCCCCAGCCUGGAGUUUAGCAGAGCAGGGUCCCCCUCCGCCUGUAUUAUCAGCAAUAUAACAAUUAUAAAAAGCCCGAGGACCGUCAUCAUCCCCGCCAUCAAAAACCCAAGCCCUCCGAUUUCUCUCCCUCUCCCCCUCCUCCUCCUCCUCCUCCUCCCUCUCCCCCGCCUCCCUCCCGCUUUUUAAACCCCGGGCCCUGGAAAAGCCAUGAAUUUUGAAUUUGAGAGGGAGAUCGGGUUUAUAAAUAGCCAGCCUUCGCUCGCGGAGUGCCUGACGUCUCUCCCCGCUGUCCUGGAGACAUUUCAAACUUCAUCAAUCAAGGACUCGACGUUAAUUCCUCCUCCUUUCGAGCCAAGCCUCCUCCAGAGCCUGAGCCCUUGUUGCGGCAGCCGGGCGAGCCCGAGGAGCCCGAGCCGAGCGCGGCACGGCCCGGCCCGGCCCGCGGCCCCGCCCGGCCCCCGGGCAGCGCCCUUCCCCUGGAUGAAGGAGAAGAAAUCGUCCAGGAGAGCCAGCCAGGCUCCGGCCGCUUCGUCCCCACCAUCCUCAUCCUCCUCCUCCUCCUCGCUGCCGGUGCCCGCCGCGGGAUCCCCCGCAGAGGCUCCGGGGCUGUCGGACAGCGGCGGCUCCAGGCGCCUCCGCACCGCCUACACCAACACGCAGCUGCUGGAGCUGGAGAAGGAAUUCCACUUCAACAAGUACCUGUGCCGGCCGCGGCGCGUGGAGAUCGCGGCGCUGCUGCAGCUCACCGAGCGCCAGGUCAAGGUGUGGUUCCAGAACCGCCGCAUGAAGCACAAGAGGCAGACGCAGCACAAGGAGGAGCCCGUUUGGGCCGGGCCGGAUGCAGGCGGCGAGGCCGAGACCUGCCCCGCGUUGGGCGCCAUCGAGGAGCGCGCGGGGAGCGCAGAGCGGCCGCCGCCGCCGGAGCUCGGCGUGUUCUCGCUGGAGCCGUGCCUGGAGCUCGCCCAGGGGCUUUCUCCGGGUGGUCUGGGGUCCCUGGAGAGCCCCCUGCGCUUCUCCGAGGAGGAGCUGGAGCUCUUCAGCAGCGCGCUCUGCACCAUGGACCUGCAGGAUUUGGAUUUUCCCUAGCGGGGGGUGCUCCUGCCCUGCCCUGCCGGAGGGUUUGGGGAGGUCAGCCUGGGAGCGGGCACUGCCAGCACCCCGAAACCUGCCCGGAGAGAAGGGGAACCCCAAAAAUCUGCCCCGAGAGAAGGGGAACCCCAAAAAUCUGGCCUGAGAGAAGGGGAACCCCAAAAAUCUGGCCUGAGAGAAGGGGAACCCCAAAAAUCUGGCCGGAGAGAAGGGGAAACCCUGAAAUCUGCCCCGAGAGAAGGGGAACCCCAAAAAAUCUGGCCUGAGAGAUAGGGAACCCUCAAGAUCUGGCUUGAGAGAAGCUGAACCCCCAAAAUUUGGCCUGAGAAAAGGGGAACCCUCAAAAUCUGCCCUAAGAGAAACUGAACCCUCAAAAUCUGCCCUGAGAAAAGGGGAACCCUCAAGAUCUGACCUAAAAGAAGGAGAAAGCCUAAAAUCUGGCUUAAAAUAAGGGGGAAACCCGAAAUCUGACCUAAAAUAUGGAGAAUCCCCCCAGACUGGCCUAAAAGAAGAGGAAAACCUCAAAUGUGCCCUAGAAGAAGGGGAAUCCCCCAAAAUCUGGCCCAAAGGAAGGGGACCCAUCCCAAAAUUUGUGCUAGAAGAAGGGGAAGCCCCAAAAUCUGCCCUAAAACAAUGGCCCAUGCCCCAAAAUCUGCCCUGAAAGAAGGAGGAGCCCCCAAAAUCUGGCUUAAAAGGAGAACCCACCCCAAAUCUGCCCUAAAAGAAGGGUAACCCCUAAAAUCUGCCCUAAAAGAAGGGGAGCCCCCCAAUAUAUGCCCUAAAACAAGGGCCCACACCUCAACAUCGGCCCUAAAAGAAGGGGAACCCCUAAAAUCACCCCCAAGCCAUUUCCCAUCCAGUCCCCUCCUCCCCGUUCCGUUUGGAAGCUCCAAACCGCCCUCCCAAUAUUUAUUCCAGAAGGUGAAAGAGCCGCCCAAGUUUUGCUAAAAUUCAGGUAUUUCAUGAUAAUUUUAUUUAUUUUUUCCCCCCCUUAUUUAUUUCCAAGGAAGCAGCCGGUAGUUCUCACUCACGGGGGCGAUUUCAGCCCCUCGAGAGAAAAAAUAAAUUAAAUUUAUAAAUCCUCCUCCCCAGCGACUUUCUCAGGAAUCAGAACGAUACUUUUAGAUUUCGUAAUAAAAUUUUUAAAAUAAAAUUAAAAAAAAAAAAAUCAGGGGAAUUUUCCUUCCUCUUUUUACGUUUUAGAUGUAGAUUAUUUAUUCAAAUCCUUUCGUAGCAAAGGGCAAAUUAUUUAUUGUAUAUUAUUUUCAUAGAGUA